ACUGGUCUCUCCUGACAGCCUUGUCCCUCCGAGAGUAAAGGUUGCUUCUUUGAUAGGUAGCUUGUGACCAGGGAGUGAACCCUCAGGGGUCUUGGGCUGUCACAGGAGCUCCAGAAAGCCAUGCGGAAUCUUAAGCCAUGAAGGACUAUUCCGAUGUCGUCCUCCGUCCAGAGGCAACUGAGCUGAGCAAGACAGAGUUCUGCAAUCCGGCUUUCGAUCCUGAAGCAGGGCCUUCCUGCCCUCCACCAGCCUUACAGAAAGAUGCCAGCAGAAGCCUCGAAGCUCCCUGGCAUGCCCAGCGUCUCCGAGGGCUACAGCCGGACUGUCAUUUCUCCUGGCUCUGUAUCCUGCUGCUCAGUGGCCUGCUGGUCCUGCUGCUGGGGCUGCUGGUGGCUGUCAUCCUGGCUCAGUUCCAGGCUACAUCCCUCCCCAGGACAACUGAGAGCCCACUGCCUGCCCGAGGCCUCACCCCCAAGGGUAGCAUUCCUAGCUCUACUCCUAACACCAGCACCAGCACCACCACCACCACCACCUCUCCAGCAGCCCUGAGCUCUACACACCAGACCACCUGCGGAGGCCUCCUUCCUGGUCCAAGGGGUUUCUUCAGCAGCCCCAACUACCCAGACCUUUACCCACCCCAUAGCCACUGUGUCUGGCAUAUCCAGGUAGCCACAGGCCAGACAAUACAGCUCAAGAUUCAAGUCCUCAGCAUAGAAGGUGUGCUCUCCUGUCUUUUCGAUCGCUUGGAAAUUAGCCCAGAACCUUCAGGUCCGCUCCUCAGGGUGUGUGGUAAAACACCUCCAGCCACGCUGAACACCAACACCAGCCACCUCCGUGUGUCCUUCGUCUCUGAUGACGACGUGGAAGGGUCUGGUUUCCAGGCCUGGUACCAAGCUGUGGCCCCUGGGCAUUGGAGCUGUGCCCAUAAUGAGUUCCGCUGUGACCUGCUCCUCUGCCUGAAGCAUGACUUAGUGUGUGAUGGCAUUACCAACUGUGCCGAUGGCAGCGAUGAGGCCAAUUGCAGUGCUGAGACCUUCGGGUGUGGAGGGAAUCUGACUGGGCUCCACGGGGUAUUCUCUACUCCCAACUACCCACAGCACUACCCUCACCAACAGCUUUGCACCUGGUACGUCUCAGUGCCCGUGGGAUACGGCGUAAGACUACAGUUCCACAACUUCAGCCUGGAAGCACAGGCCGAGUGCAAGUUUGACUACGUGGAGGUGUAUGAGGCCAGCACUUCCGGGGCCUUCAGCUUCCUGGGCAGGUUCUGCGGCACGGAGCCACCGCCCCACCUCAUCUCCUCACAGCACCAGCUGGCUGUGAUCUUUAAGACGGAUCUUGGUAUCAGCAGCGGGGGCUUCUUAGCCACCUACCAGGCCACCAAUGCUACAGAGAGUAGGUGUCCCCUGGGCAGGUGGGUAGAGUUCUGCCGGAACGGAGGAUGUGGGGAUCUGCAAUGGAUGUGUGACUUAUGGAGAGACUGUGGGGAGGGCAGCAGUGACAAUUGCAGCAGUCACUUGUUCCCACAGCCAGACCUGGCCUGUGAACCUGUCCAAGUGGAGAUGUGCCUUGGACUAAGCUACAGUACCACAGCUUUCCCCAACAUCUGGGUGGGCCUGGCCACCCAGGCGGAGGUGGUAGACAUCGUCAGAGGCUACAAGAGUCUGACAAGUCUACCCUGCUACCAGAAUUUCCGGAGGUUCCUUUGCGGGCUGCUUGUACCUCACUGCACCCCACUGGGCACUAUCCUGCCCCCUUGCCGCUCUGUCUGCCAGGAGGCAGAACAACAGUGCCAGUCUAGCCUGGCACUACUGGGCACCCCCUGGCCCUUCAACUGUAACAGGCUUCCUGAGGCAGCUAGCCUGGACGCUUGUUCCCAGCCCUGACAGGACGCCAGCCCUACCCUGUCUGCCCAUCCUCCUCUACCCAU